AUGGGCAACUCCCUCUCGCCGUGCCGCUCCUCGGAGAGCAAGGGCGGCGCGGUGAAGCUAGUCUUCUGGGGCGGCGCCACCAGUCUCCUCUCAAGGUCGCAGCUCGCCAGGGAGCUCAUCCUCAGCCACCCAGACCACGCCAUCUGCCACGCCGACUCCUUCUACAUCGGGCGGCCGGUGCCAGCUCUCAGCGCCGCCGACAAGCUGAUCGUCGGCCGCUCUUACUUGGUCAUCCCCGUUGACCGCCUGCCGCGCCAUGCACUCACGGUGGCGUCCCUGAAGGCGCUGUGGAUUGCACCGAGCGGGCCCCUUAUCGGCCUCGAAUCGAGCCCAUUGCAAUACACGAAGAGCGCCGAGGGGAGGCCGGUGAUUAAGGUCUCGCCGGAGUUCAUGGCGAGGAUCAUCUCCGGUGGCGGCGGCAGCAGCGACGGUGAUAAGUCCGGCGAGAAGAGCGGCGGCGGCUCGCUCUGUAGCACGCCGGAGUUGCAGAAGCAUUAUUCUCAGCUCGUUGGGAGUAGGACCCAGCAGUGGUCGCCGAAACUGAAGACCAUCUCCGAGACCAAGUGGAGGUUCUCAGGCUGUGACAGGAGAUGA